GACACGUGGCGAUCCAUUUGUGUGGCACGUCAUGGUUAAGGGGGGUUUCAGAAUUUCUUCCAAGGAAUGAAGUAACGGCGGGGUAAGCGAAGGGGAGAUCGGAAUGGACGGCCCUCCAGGCGGCGAUCUGUGUUCGGUGUGCCAUGGCAACUUCGACACUCCUUGUCAGGCCAAUUGCUCUCACUGGUUUUGCGGAAAUUGUAUUAUGCUUGUUUGGGAUCAUGGAUCAACAGUUCGCCCUUGUAAAUGCCCGCUAUGCCGUCGUCCCAUCACUUUGUUGGUUCCAAGUAGGGCUUCUUCAAGGCAGCUUGAUAGGCCAGAGGUUGCGGAGAUUUUAGGCAAGAUAGAAAGGUACAAUCGUGUUUUUGGAGGUCAUUCCAGAAGUCUUAUUCAGAGAGGGCAGGACCUUCCUUUUCUCCUGCGGAGGCUGCUGCGAGAACUAAUUAAUCCUGAUAGAUCUCUUCCCCUUGUUAUAAGGGCUCGUGUCUGGAUUUCAAUGAUAAUGGGUGCUGCGUACCUAUUCAGCCCUUUUGACUUCAUCCCGGAAGCAAUAUUUGGUAUAGCUGGUCUCCUGGACGAUUUCUUCAUAGUGCUCAUCGUCUUCUUCCACGUUGCUGCCAUUUAUCGGUCUGUACUCUAUCGCCGCCAUGGAGGUUCCUGAACUGUGCCGCCAUGGAAAUUUUUAAUCACACGGAAAAAACUGGGACGGAGCUGCAUUUUACUUUUUGUUAUUUGGGGUUGAAAACCUCAUUGAAAUAUAGGAUUGUACAAGGGAGCCACCUAUAUAUUUCAGUGUAGUUUCAGUUGUAUUUUUUAACUAUUUCAUGCCGAAUUACUGUGAUUUACACAUGAAAUCAGAACAUGUACCUACUGAUGUCUA